UAUCCAUUGCAUAACACAAGAGAAAAUGGCUAAGCAUUGCAGAAACUCAAUUCUUAUUUAUAUGCAGACCAAUAAACCCUAAUGGAUAUUAUUCAACCAAUUCAGAAAGAGAUCAUCAGAGAGAAAAGAAAUUCAAUUGAUGGCACCAAGUGGGGAAGCCCAAAUAAAUUUUGUCCCCAAAUCUGAAUGGAAAGAUCAACCUGACGCCACUAUUCUCACUAUUGAUCUUCCAGGUUUUACAAGGGAGCAAGUAAAAGUAACCUUUGUGCAUGCCUCAAAGAUGUUAAGAGUCACCGGAGAACGUCCCUUAGGUUAUCGGAAAUGGAGCUGUUUCAACGAAAUGUUCACUGUUCCACGGAAUUGUCUAGUGGAUAAAAUCCAUGGGAGCUUCAGCUUCAACACCCUAACAAUCACCAUGCCGAAGGAGACAAUUACAAAGAUGCCCAACCUUCCAGAAACUCCUAAAACUGUGGCUGAGAGGGUGGAGAAGCUAGAGGAGAAGAGACUGUUGGAAGUAGCUAGAAAGAAGGAAGAAGAGGCUGAGAAGAUCAAGAAGCUUCUUGAAGAGAAAGAGGGGAUAAUUAGGAAGCUGCAAGAAGAAGCUAAAGCAAAAGAGAUGGCUGAGGCGAAGAGGCUGCAAGAAGAAGCUAAAGCAAAAGAGAUGGCUGAGGCGAAGAGGCUGCAAGAAGAAGCUAAAGCAAAAGAGAUGGCUGAGGCGAAAAAGUUGCAAGAAGAAGCUAGAGCAAAAGAGAUGGCUGAGGCGAAAAAGUUGCAAGAAGAAGCUAAAGCAAAAGAGAUGGCAGAAGCAAAGAAGCUUCAAGAAGAGGCUAAAGCAAAAGAGAUGGCUGAGGCAAAGAAACUUGAAGAAGAAGCUAAAGCAAAAGGGAAGCUUGUGGAAGAAGCUACACCAGAGAAGAGCACCCAGGAGAAGAAGCCUGUGGACUCUACCAAAUCUGUGUCUGAAAGAGUAAGCAAGGUUGUGAAAUCAGCAGAAGAGAAACUAGGUUAUUUGGGGGAGAAGGAAAAGAAAAUAAGGAAAGGGAUAAUGGAGAAAGUAAAGGGAAAAGAUUUAACAAGCGAAGAGAAGAAGUCAAUGGUGAAUGUAGGAGUGGCUACCUUGGUUCUGUUUGCUCUUGGAGCUUACGUUUCCUACACCAUUUGCUCAUCUUCCUCCUCUUCAUCUUCUACAUCUUCAUCUUCUUCGUCUCCUUCUUCAUCAACUUCUACAAAACCAGAAUGAUAUGUUCUAAAGAAGUUGUGAGAAGGAGAACAUUUAUACUUUGUAAAUGUGGUAUAUUCUGAAAUAUAAUAAAAGUUCUAUUGAUUGUGAGA